ACCAGAGAGCAUUGAUCUGCUGAGUGGACUAAAGAUGGGGGAGCAAGGUGAUUGGCUGGAGGAUAACAGAGGAGACUGGGUGGCCAUCUUGGAUUUCCAGACCCCGACCGGUGCAGCCAAGGCUCCAGGGGACAACAUCACUGAGCAGGCCAGGACCAGUAGCGACAUAGUGGAGGUCAGUGGAAGGGACAGCGUCCUCACCUCUGGGCUGGGGAACAACACUGUUAACCACAACCAGAAACAGACAGUCGAACAUAAAACAACGGCCGAACUUAGUCUCCAAGACAACAGAUUGUCAGAGACAAGAGUGAGGCGCCAAUUUUGUCUGCGGGGACAGGGAGGUAUGUGGCUUGAAAGAACAGACACAGACUCGGCUAGCGAUGCUCCAUCCUGCUCCUAUAGUUGUGAUUCAGAGAGACUGAUGGCACCUCAGGUUAACUACCUAACAGGUGCUGCCUUCAGCCUGCCUUCAAUAGGAUCUAUCAACUGGAACAUGGACCCUGUGACAACACAGACACUUCCUGGCCUUCGUCCUCCCCACACUUUCCGAAUGUUAAACCAGACCUCCGACAAUGCCAGUGCCUCAACACUAAAUAGCUACACAAGCCCAUUGACAAAUGACAGAAGUAGAGACGGAAUCCGUAAAGGUGGCGGCGCCACAGAGAAGCGCUUCCCGUGUUCUUUCUGUGGGAAAACCUUCAGUUUCCCUCAACAGGUGGAGAUUCACCAGAGGAUUCACACGGGGGAGAAACCAUUUGUUUGCCACCUGUGCCGGGGCAGUUUCUCCCAAUCGUCCAGCCUGAAGAGGCACCAGAGGGUCCACACAGGGGAGAAACCCUACAGCUGCCCCCAGUGUGAGAAGAGGUUCUCCCACCAGCACCAGCUGAAGAUGCACCUGAAGGUCCACACGGGAGAGAGGCCGUUCGCCUGUAUGCACUGCGGGAAGAGGUUCUCAGAGAGGAGCUACCUUAGGAUACACCAGCAGAAAAUGCACACAGCCCAUGUAUAGAGUAUAGUGACAUAUAAUGUAGUACAAGUUAGUUUGUAGUUAAUUCUGUUGGUUUUGGAUGUAGGUGGGAACUGGAUGAGGUGAACUGAGGAAAGAAUGAUUAUGAGGUGGCAGAGUAGAUGAUGUGAUGGUUGGUGUGAUGGUGUCUGUAAAAACUUUUCACUGAUGAAGAGUGACAACCUUGUCCUGUUUGAUGCUGGUGUUUUAUAAUGAGGAAAUUAUAGUGCCUUAAUUUGUGUUUACUUGACAUGAAGUGGUGAAGCUGUGUGUAAUGUUUAACCUUUUCCAAAGUAUUCUAAAAUACAUUAUCACUGCAAGGGUACCAGAUUUACAGAAAAUAUAAAGUGUUACCAUGGUGAUCUACUUGUCACGUAUAAUUUUGUGCAAUAAAAGUACUGUACUUCAAAGUUGAGAGUAAGACCAUUUUGUUUAAAUUAAAUACAAAAUUAACUCUGUGUUGACUGACUAUAUAUCAUUGCAGGGACUGAGUUUCCCUUCUCAGUCGAACCAAAACAUUAUACUAAUUCUUGAAUCAACACAUAUGGAAAUGUUUUU